CCCUCCUCCUCCGGCACCACCAUGGCUUCCCCUCUGAGGGAGGACGAGGAAGAGGAGGAGGAGAUGGUGGUGUCCGAGCCGGAGGGGGAGGAAGACGAAGAAGAGGAGGAGGAGGAGGAAGAGGAGGAGGAGGAAGACGACGACGACGAAGAAGCCGCCGCCUCAGCCAGGAACGACAGCCCGGGCGACAUCUUCCCGCCCGUCGCCGUCGCCUCAGCCGCCGCCGCCGCCGCCGCCUCAGCAGCAGCAGCAGCAGCGCAGGCGGAGGCUGCCCCGCUGACCCCCGCCGUCGCCUCCGCCGCCUCCACGCCGGCCGCCGGAGGGACCCGGGCGCCGCCAGACGACGAAGAGGAGGACCUGUGCCACCUGGAGAGCCCCCUGGUUGUCAAGAAGAAGAAACGGGGGCCGAAGAAGCAGAAGGAGAACAAGCCAGGGAAACCUAGGAAGCGCAAGAAAUUAGUAAGUCGCACCAGUUUAGAGUCCGACCGAGAGGAGUAAAGGGCGAAGUCGGAGAGCGGCGGCAGCGACUAUGGUGGGGUGGGGAAGAAGAAACGGCGCAAAACGGAGAAGAAAGAGAAGAAGACCAAACGGCGGAAAAAAAAGGCGGAGGAAGACGGGAUGCAAAAGCCAAAGGUGGAGCAGAAGUCCUCGGCUCAGCUGCUCAUGACUUGGGGCCUGGAAGACGUGGACCACGUUUUCACCGAGGAAGACUACCACACCUUGACCAACUACAAAGCCUUCAGCCAGUUCAUGAGGCCUCUCAUUGCCAAAAAGAACCCCAAGAUCCCCAUGUCCAAGAUGAUGACCAUCAUGGGAGCCAAGUGGCGGGAAUUCAGCGCCAACAACCCCUUCAAGGGCUCCACGGCCGCCGUGGCCGCGGCCGCCGCGGCCGCAGCGGCCGCCGCCGUCGCAGAACAGGUCUCCGCCGCCGUGUCGGCCGUCAUCCCUUCGCCCGAGCCCCAACACCUGCUGCAGCCCCCGCCCCAGCCUCUUCCCCUCCGCAAAGCCAAAACCAAAGAGGGCAAAGGACCGGGCCACAAGAAGCGGAGCAAAAGCCCCCGCGUCCCGGAGGUGAAGAGGAGGAUAAAAGGGAAGAAGAUGGCGCCCCUGAAGAUCAAGCUGGGCAUGAUCGGCGGGAAGCGGAAAAAAAGCAGCUCACAUUUGUUUCAGAGUGAUGAGGUGGCGGACCCGGAAGAAGAAUCCGACCUGGAUAACUCGAGCGUUCACAGUUCUUCCGUGCGUUCCGACAGUUCAGGAAGGGUCAAGAAACUCAGGCGGGGUCGGCCCGGACGGAAGAAGAAAAAAGUGGCUGGCGAAGAAGAGGCGGACGGCUACGAGACCGACCACCAAGACUAUUGCGAGGUGUGUCAGCAGGGCGGGGAGAUCAUCCUGUGCGACUCGUGUCCCAGAGCUUACCAUCUGGUGUGCCUGGAUCCGGAGCUGGAUAAGGCCCCCGAGGGCAAGUGGAGCUGUCCACACUGUGAGAAAGAAGGAGUACAGUGGGAGCCGAAGGAGGAGGAGGACGAGUACGAAGGAGAGCUGGACGACGGGGAGAAGGAGGAGGAGGACGAGCACAUGGAGUACUGCCGGACCUGUAAGGACGGGGGGGAGCUGCUGUGUUGCGACGCCUGCAUCUCUUCGUACCACAUCCACUGCCUCAACCCGCCUCUGCCGGAGAUCCCCAACGGGGAGUGGUUGUGUCCCCGCUGCACGUGCCCGAUGCUGAAGGGCCGGGUCCAGAAGAUUCUGCACUGGCAGUGGGGGGAGCCCCCAACGCCGGUGGCCGUCCCCCUGCCCUCCGAUCGCAAGCCGGAUGACCCGCCCCCGAAGACGCUCCAGGGACGCUCGGAGCGCGAAUUCUUCGUGAAAUGGGUGGGCCUCUCUUACUGGCACUGCUCCUGGAUCAAGGAAUUGCAGCUGGAGAUCUUCCACUUAGUCAUGUACAGAAACUACCAGCGGAAGAACGACAUGGACGAGCCUCCCCCCUUCGACUACGGCUCCGGCGACGACGACGGCAAAAGCGAGAAGCGGAAGAGCAAGGAUCCCCUCUACGCGGAGAUGGAGGAGAACUACUACCGCUACGGCAUCAAGCCGGACUGGAUGACCAUCCAUCGGGUUAUAAACCACAGUAUUGACAAAAAGGGCAUCUAUCACUACCUGGUGAAGUGGCGGGACCUUUCCUACGACCAGUCCACCUGGGAGGAGGAUGAAAUGGCCAUCCCCGAGUACGAGUACCACAAGCCGGCCUACUGGUCACACAGAGAACUAAUUAUGGGUGAAGAUCCGGCCCAGCCGAGGAAGUACAAGAAAAAAAAGAAGGAGCUGAGCUCGGACGACCCCCCGAGUUCUCCCACCAAUGACCCGACGGUGAAGUACGAGAGCCAGCCCCGCUUCGUCACCUCCACCGGGGGGACGCUGCACAUGUACCAGCUGGAAGGGCUGAACUGGCUGCGCUUCUCCUGGGCGCAAAGCACCGACACCAUCCUGGCGGACGAGAUGGGCCUCGGCAAGACCAUCCAGACCAUCGUCUUCCUCUACUCGCUCUACAGGGAGGGCCACACCAAGGGUCCUUUCCUGGUCAGCGCCCCUCUGUCCACCAUCAUCAACUGGGAGCGGGAGUUCCAGAUGUGGGCGCCUAAUUUCUACGUGGUGACCUACACAGGCGACAAGGACAGCCGCUCCAUCAUCCGGGAGAACGAGUUUUCCUUCGAGGACAACGCCAUGAAGGGCGGGAAGAAAGCCUUCAAAAUGAAGAGAGAAGCCCAGGUGAAGUUCCACGUCCUGCUGACCUCCUACGAGCUGGUCACCAUCGACCAGGCGGCCUUGGCCUCCAUCCGGUGGGCCUGCCUUGUGGUGGACGAAGCCCACCGGCUCAAAAACAACCAGUCCAAGUUCUUCAGGGUGCUCAACGGUUACAAAAUCGACCACAAGCUGCUGCUGACGGGGACGCCCUUGCAGAACAACCUGGAGGAGCUCUUCCACCUGCUCAACUUCCUCACGCCGGAGAGGUUCAACAACUUGGAAGGAUUCCUUGAGGAGUUUGCUGACAUCUCCAAAGAGGAUCAAAUUAAGAAGCUCCACGAUCUACUGGGUCCCCACAUGUUACGCCGCCUGAAAGCCGACGUCUUCAAGAACAUGCCGGCCAAGACGGAGCUGAUCGUGCGGGUGGAGCUGAGCCCCAUGCAGAAGAAAUAUUAUAAAUACAUCCUGACUCGCAACUUUGAGGCGCUGAACUCGCGCGGCGGCGGGAACCAAGUCUCCUUGCUCAACAUCAUGAUGGACUUGAAGAAGUGCUGCAAUCACCCCUACCUCUUUCCCGUGGCUGCGAUGGAAUCUCCCAAGCUGCCCAGCGGCGCCUACGAAGGGGGGGCCCUCAUCAAGGCCUCUGGGAAACUCAUGCUCCUGCAGAAGAUGCUGAGGAAGCUGAAGGAGCAGGGACACCGAGUGCUGAUCUUCUCCCAGAUGACCAAAAUGCUGGACCUGCUUGAGGAUUUCCUGGACUACGAGGGCUACAAGUACGAACGGAUAGACGGCGGCAUUACCGGAGCCUUGCGCCAAGAAGCCAUUGAUCGGUUUAACGCUCCCGGAGCCCAGCAGUUCUGCUUCCUGCUCUCGACGCGAGCGGGCGGCCUGGGCAUCAAUUUGGCCACGGCGGACACCGUGAUCAUUUUCGAUUCCGACUGGAAUCCCCACAACGAUAUCCAGGCCUUCAGCAGAGCUCACCGUAUCGGCCAGGCGAACAAAGUCAUGAUCUACCGCUUCGUCACCCGGGCCUCGGUGGAGGAACGGAUCACCCAGGUGGCCAAGCGCAAGAUGAUGCUGACUCACCUGGUCGUCCGUCCCGGGCUGGGCUCCAAGUCGGGGAGCAUGUCCAAACAGGAGCUGGACGACAUCCUCAAAUUUGGCACGGAGGAGCUCUUCAAGGACGAGAACGAGGGCGAGAACAAAGAGGAGGACAGCAGCGUGAUUCACUACGAUAACGAAGCCAUCGCCCGGCUCCUGGACCGUAACCAGGAUGCCACCGACGACGCCGACGUCCAGAACAUGAACGAAUACCUCAGCUCCUUCAAGGUGGCGCAGUACGUGGUUCGGGAGGAGGAUAAGAUUGAAGAGAUUGAACGGGAGAUAAUUAAGCAGGAAGAAAACGUGGACCCCGAUUACUGGGAGAAGCUGCUGAGGCACCAUUACGAGCAGCAGCAGGAGGACCUGGCUCGCAACCUGGGCAAAGGGAAGCGGGUGCGAAAGCAGGUGAACUACACCGACGCUGCCCAGGAGGACCAAGACAAUCAGUCUGAAUACUCGGUCGGCUCCGAAGAGGAGGAUGAAGACUUUGAUGAGAGGCCAGAAGGUCGCCGCCAGUCCAGGAGGCAGCUUCGGAAUGAGAAGGACAAACCUCUCCCCCCGCUUCUGGCCCGAGUGGGUGGGAACAUCGAGGUGCUGGGCUUCAACACCCGCCAGCGCAAGGCCUUCCUGAACGCCGUCAUGCGCUGGGGGAUGCCUCCCCAGGACGCCUUCACCUCCCAGUGGCUGGUUCGCGACUUGAGGGGCAAGACGGAGAAGGAGUUCAAGGCCUACGUUUCUCUCUUCAUGAGGCACCUGUGCGAACCGGGGGCGGACGGCUCGGAGACCUUUGCCGACGGGGUGCCGAGGGAGGGUCUCUCCCGACAGCAAGUCCUGACACGGAUAGGAGUCAUGUCUCUGGUUAAAAAAAAGGUACAAGAGUUUGAACACAUCAACGGCCGCUGGAGCAUGCCCGAGCUGAUUUCCGAUCCCAGCGCUGACUCCAAAAAGUCCUCCCGGGCUUCGUCCCCCACCGUCAAGACCUCCACCACCACCCCGGACCCCAGCUGCACCAAUACGCCUUGCACCUCCAAGCCAGCUACUCCGGCCCCCAGCGACAAAGGAGACGGGGUCCUCUCGGCCGACAAGGAAGAUCUGGAGACCCGGGAGGAGAAGUUGGAGAAGGAAGCCAAGGGCAGCGAGAAAAUGGAGACCGAGCCGUCCGCGCCCGAACAGCCCCUUUCUGCCACCUUCGCAGGGGAUAAAAUGGAGACGGAGUCUUCGAAAAAGACGCAGGACGAGGGGCCGACGGGGGUCAGGGAGAAGGAGUCCGAAGCCGAAGCCGCGGUCAAAGAAGAGAAGGAGAAAUUGGAUGCUGAUUUGGAGAAGCUGGUGGCCGAGGAAAAAUUCACGGAAAGCGAUGACAGCAAGGAAAAGAUGGAGGGAGAAACGCAGGAUCCCAAGAAAGGAGACGUCAAAUUGGAGCGGGAGACGGCCAAAGAGUCCAGAACUGGCAAUCUCAGAGACGAGAACCGGAAUAACGGGAAGAGGGAAGAGAGGAUGGAGAAACCUCGGUUUAUGUUCAACAUCGCGGACGGUGGCUUCACGGAACUUCAUACCCUUUGGCAGAACGAGGAGCGAGCUGCCAUCUCCUCCAGCAAGCUGAACGAGAUCUGGCAUCGCCGACAUGACUACUGGCUGCUGGCCGGCAUCGUCCUGCACGGCUACGCCCGCUGGCAGGACAUCCAGAACGACAACCAGUUCGCCAUCAUCAACGAGCCCUUCAAGAGCGAAGCCAACAAGGGGAACUUCCUGGAGAUGAAGAACAAGUUUCUGGCCAGGAGGUUCAAGCUGCUGGAGCAGGCCCUGGUGAUCGAGGAGCAGCUCCGCCGGGCGGCCUACCUGAACAUGACCCAGGACCCCAGCCACCCCGCCAUGGCCCUCAACACCCGCUUUGCCGAGGUGGAGUGUCUGGCCGAGAGCCACCAGCACUUGUCUAAGGAGUCCCGGGCCGGCAACAAGCCCGCCAACGCCGUCCUGCACAAGGUGCUGAACCAGUUGGAGGAGCUGCUCAGCGACAUGAAGGCCGACGUGACGCGCCUGCCGGCUACGCUUUCCCGCAUCCCUCCCAUCGCUGCCCGGCUCCAGAUGUCCGAGCGCAGCAUCCUGAGUCGCUUGGCCAGCAAGGGGAACGAAACCCAGAGCGUUCCGGCCUUCCCUCCUGGACCCUACGCCACCCCACCUAGUUUUGGGGGCUCCUUCGGGGCCACCCCCGGAGGGGGCCUGCCCACCUUGGGGGCCAACUACAGCCAGAUGCCAACCGGCUCCUUCAUAACAGCCAACGGGCCCCCCGUGAUUGUGAAGAAGGAGAAGGAGGGCGAAGGCCUGGAGAAGAAAGAAGCAAAAGGCGGGGAGGUGAUUUGCAUAGACGACUGAGGGGGGGGGGCGGCUGGGCCACCUGCCCGCCGAGCUCCCACCCGCACCGGCCCCCACCUCUGCUCCGAGGGCCCCCCCUGUGGCCCUCCGGCCUCUCCUUUUUGAUUUCCGGAUUAUGUGACGGCCUGGAGGGGCCCCCGCCGGCGAUUCCUGCUCUUUCUCGGGACCCCCGCCUCGGAUUCGAAUUCCUCCUCCCCCGCCCCUCCCCUUCCUGCGGGGGGGGGGAGACAGCGGCCGGCCCCACCCGGAAACCUGGACUUUAGACUGACCAAGAGGUACUCAGGACCGAGCUGGUUUGUAUUCCCCCCCCCCCCGGCUGACGGUUGUGGGAGGGGGGGGCCAAGUUAAAGAGCUAGGCUCCGGGCUGCCUAGGGCUCGGAUAUAGGGGAGGGGGCAGCCUGCUUUUGUGGGGGGGGGGUCUUUGCCACCCCCCUCCCCCAGUGUCGAAACUUUCGAGAAGCACUGCAAAAAAAAAGGAC